GAAAUGGAGAAUUACCAAAAUGCCCCCUUCGUCUUCCAUCUCUCGAUUCUCUCUCACACCUUCCUCCUCCUCCAUCUCCCUCUCCGUUUGACUCUCCCUGAUCCGCGGAGCUCUCGAGCGCCCGCCGCCGGCGAGCGGGGUGCAGCGCCGCGCGGGCGACCUCCUCCUUCCACCUGCCUCCAUCAUCGCUGCUUGAAUCGAUCCGAAGCAUUGUAAAUGGCUGCUGGGAGGGGCAUCAGUCAGCUUUUGAAGAAAGCAUUUCGUCCAUCUAGCUCAUCUCCGCUCUCUUCAUCCUGGAUAAAUCAUGAAGAGUCCUCUGGCUUCACUGGAUUGAGAGCAUUGGCUAUUCUGGGAGUUGGUGCUUCUGGCCUUUUAAGUUUUGCUACAAUUGCAUCUGCUGAUGAAGCGGAGCAUGGGUUGGAAGCCCCACACUAUCCCUGGCCACAUGCUGGCAUCCUUAGCUCAUAUGAUCAUGCAUCAAUAAGGCGUGGCCAUCAAGUUUAUACACAAGUGUGUGCCUCUUGUCACUCAAUGUCCUUGAUUUCAUACCGAGAUUUGGUUGGUGUGGCCUAUACAGAAGAGGAAACAAAAGCAAUGGCUGCUGAGAUUGAAGUGGUUGACGGUCCUAAUGAUGAAGGUGAAAUGUUCACACGUCCAGGUAAGCUGAGCGACCGUUUCCCACAACCCUACGCAAAUGAGCAAGCAGCUCGAUUUUCAAAUGGCGGGGCAUACCCCCCGGAUCUCAGUCUAAUCACAAAGGCCAGGCACAAUGGCCAGAACUAUGUUUUUGCUCUUCUCACUGGUUAUCGUGAUCCACCUGCUGGUGUUUCGAUUCGUGAAGGCUUGCAUUACAAUCCCUACUUCCCUGGUGGUGCCAUAGCCAUGCCCAAGAUGCUUAUUGAUGGAGCAGUCGAGUAUGAAGAUGGCACUCCAGCUACAGAAGCCCAGAUGGGAAAAGAUGUUGUCUCGUUCUUGUCAUGGGCGGCGGAGCCUGAGAUGGAAGAGAGAAAACUGAUGGGAGUGAAAUGGAUUUUUCUACUCUCCCUCGCACUUCUGCAAGCUGCAUAUUACCGGCGCAUGAAGUGGUCCGUCUACAAGUCGCGCAAGCUGGUCCUUGAUGUGGUUAAUUGAGGACUAGUUCUUCAUUUUCUUCAAAGCAUCGGCUGAUAAUUUGAAGUAUUGGAAUAAUGCGUACAUGAAUCAUGAUGUACAUUUUGCCGUUGGCAUGGUUAACAUGCACAAUACUCUUUUCCUUUGUUACAUUUACUCCCAGCUGUGCUGGGCAUUAUUUUAAAAUUUUGGCCUGUCAAAUGUACCAGCAAGCAUCUAACAGUAUAGUCAAAUAGAUCUCAUAAGCAUAUUUAUACUCCGAACCAGUGUAAUGUUAAUUUUAGUCAUCAGUAUGAGAUGAUGGAGAAAAAAAAUGAAGUGUCACUAACACUACUGUAUUUCUGCC